UGGAAUUAUAGAGACCCCCAAGGCUUUCUGACAGGGGCUAAUAACUGAAUUCUCCAUGGCAGGAGGGAGAGGAUAAAUAAUUCAGGAUCACUUCAGUGUGUCAUGUAACAGGCUAGAACUACAUCUCCCACAAUUCCAAGCUUCCACUUCCUGGAGUCCUGGCACAGCUGUUGCUAUGGCUACCCUAAACAACAUGGAUGCUGGCAGCAGGGGAUGUGAAUGAAGGAGCUUGCUGGGGAUGUAACUUGAUAGGAUAAAGGGAAUUUGCCUACAAACUACACAUACACACACACAACUGUGUUUAUUCCUAAUCGAACAGGACACACACUGUAUAUCGGGGAUUCACAAGUCACAAAAUGGCGGUGGAGUUUGAAGAGGAGGCCCUGCAGGAGCUGUAUUCUUGGGUGGACAAGAUUCCAUUAUCCAGACCCAAAAGGAACAUCGCCAGGGAUUUCAGUGACGGCGUGCUGGCGGCUGAGCUGGUGAAGUUUUAUUUCCCAAAGCUUGUGGAAAUGCACAACUACGUGCCGGCCAAUUCUAUCAGUCAGAAACUCAGCAACUGGACUAUACUGAACAGGAAAGUUCUCAGCAAGCUCAGCUUCUCUGUUCCUGAUGACGUGAUCCGUAAGAUUGUCCAGUGCUCCCCGGGGGUGGUGGAGCUGGUGCUGAUUACCUUGCGGCAGAAGAUCGAGGAGAAACAGAGACUAAAUCACAUUUCAGCUGAUUUAUCUCAGGAGCAAGUGCCACACAAUAAUACAAACACUCACUCCGAUAAAGGGUAUAAAAGCAAUGGCACAGAACUCAGCCCGAGACAAGGUGCCAAGGCUGAUCCAGCAAGUAAAACACACCAAGGAUACACCCAGGCAGCUAAUGGCGACAGCACCCUGCGCUUCCAGCUGGCAGAGAAAGAACAAGCCUUGAUCUUAUCCCAGGAGACUAUUGAGAUUCUGCAGGCAAAGUUGCGGCGACUGGAGCAGCUCCUUCAGUUGAAGAACGUCCGGAUUGAUGAUCUGACCCGGCGACUGCAAGAACUGGAGAAGAAAUGAUCACAUUUAUAUAAGUUUAUUUCCUUUUUAUAUCAUUAUAUAUGGGGAUAUGUUUGCCGUGCUGCUUAUUUAAGGUUUUAUAUGUGUAUAUAUAUAUAUAUAGGGUUGUAUAUACCAAAGGACAGUUAUACACUAAAACAACAUCUAGUAGUCAGUCAGCUCUUUGUGUAACCAUUUCCCCAACUGCCCCUUUCUCUGAGACUCCAGCAAAGAAUGCAGCACGACUGGCAGUGCAGAAAGGCUGUGGCCCCAGAGUAGGUUAUUAAAGGAUAAGUAAACCUUAAAAAUAAGUGUAAUGUAAAAUUGAUGAGGGUGCUGUUCAAUGUAC